AACAAAUAAAGCAAACGGACACAGCGUUUCGACAAAACGAAUUGCUCGCAGCAACGAGACCGACUAGGACCAAACGAAACAUCACGUCCCAGUCAGAUCCGUCGACGACAGCCCCGGAACCGCCGACGGGCGAGGCUUUCUCGUGGUUUGGAUCGCUCCGGCGAACGAUUCGAAGGGCAGGAAAACCGACGAUGCUUCGUCCGAGACAGCCGCCGCCAGGUACCGAUGCGUCCGCCUCACCGACUUUGGUGAUCUUUCGCCUGUUCGUGCUGGCUCUUUUCUGCACUCCCGGUUCUGGUUUCGUAACCCCAGACGGUCGCGAAGGCUUCUCCAACACCGAAACGGGCGCGUCGCUCCAGAGCCAGCGGGUGCUCCCCCUUUCGCUGCCGAGCCACACCGGCAGCGGGCGCACCUUGGGCAACACCUCCCUGGCCUGCCAGCUGCUCGGAAUGAAUUGCGCGACGCCCACGGACUUUACCUUUUCGCUGAAGGGAUUUUGCAAGAGGGGCGGAGAAACCGACAUACAUUCCGAUGGGUGGGGUGUCGCGUUUUACGAAGGAAAGGGGAUACGACAAUUUCACGAUUCUUCCCCGGCUUGUUCCUCUCCGAUGGCGAAUUUCCUGGAGAGCAACCCCAUUCGGACGUACAACAUGAUGUCCCACCUGCGCUAUGCCACCGUUGGAGAAGUCGAGCUGUCGAACGUGCAUCCCUUCUGCCGAGAAAUGUGGGGGAUUAAUUUUGCCUUUGCUAUGAACGGGGACAUCCCCAUGUUCAAGAAAGACCCCAAAUCAAAGCUCAGAGCCCUGAUGGACCCAGGGGACUUACCCAGCGAAGACCAGAGCUACUACAACGCCGUCGGCAACACAGACUCGGAAGCCGCCUUUUGUGCGAUACUGAAUGCUCUCCGGGUCAAGUUUCAGCAGUUGCCUUCCCUCCCGGUUCUGAAGGACGCCAUUAACGAGCUGUGCGAAGAGAUCAUCACGGAGGAUCCCAAGGCUACGAUCAUGAACUUUUUGUUGACGUGCGGGCCCGACACCCUGUGGGUGUACUCGUGGCCGGGUAGCCGGCCCGGGAGCAAGGUCUGGAACGGCCUUCACUACACGACGCGGGCCCACCCGUUUACGACCUCCCGGCUCCGCGACGUGGACUACGAGAUCGAUUUUGCGAGCACAAACAAGGCGGGAGACUGCGUCUCGGUCAUCGCCACCAAGCCGCUCACCCACGACGAGCACUGGAUCGAGAUCGGGAGGGGCGAGCUGAUCGUCUUCGACCAGGGCAGGCCGCACGUGACACCGGAGUCGCUCUUCGAGAUCGAGCUGCUCGGGCACGGUCUUAAGUCCUCCGUCAUCGAACGGCCCGUUCUAGAAGAAGACAUGAGGGAAUUUGAUCUGGAUCCGGAAUCCUUCCAAGGGAGUUUCAUAUAAAAAUUGCUGUAGUUGGGAGAGCACGUGUACAAAAUAAUAGAUUUCGAAUGCUAACAAAAAUAUUAACCUGGA